AAACAGUCAGAUUAAGAACAGGAUAUUUUGCAAUGCGUGUUAGGACAUUCUUUAACUUCACACUCCGCUUGAUGUGAUGAAUGUGUUCGCCGUCCUGUCAGCGUACUUCUCUCUGAAGGUGAUCUCCGCGCGGAGGAAGCACUCGGUCUCUCCGCCGGCCACCACCGGACCUCCGGAGUUUCAGAGGAUCUUUCGAGCCCAAGCAAACUGUUCUGAAUAUUUCCCCAUAUUCGUCUUCUCGCUUUGGCUGGCUGGAGUUUUCUUCAGUCAAGCACUGGCAGUGUUCUUCGGGCUCCUGUACCUUUAUGGACGGUAUCUGUACUUCCACGGCUAUGCGGCUUCGGCUCAGGGCAGACUGGAGCCGCUGUAUUUCAGUGCAAAGAUGCAGUGGGUGCUGAUCGCUCUGGCCGGGCUGGGGGUCGUCUGCACCAUGACGCAGGCCUAUCUGGGACUGGACCUGCUGCACUCCUUUAGU